AUGUCUACUCCUCGCCAUCCGCUGUCUGUGGUUUUUCUGUUGCACAUUGCUGUCGAAGCACCUUUUGCACUACAGGGAAUCUGGGCUGGACAUAGCUUACCGUUUAUUCAACUUACCAAUACGACACUCGUGCUGCUCAAGCUAUACUCCGCGCUACUGCUUGCAUCAUGUCUUGCAUCACUGUUGUGCUUUAACUUGCCAGCCAAUGCACUAAUGCACCUCGGGCCCUCAGAAUUCCUACCUGGAAAACGCGCAUUUGCUCUCCAAUUGCUCGCUUAUCAUAGUAUCGCUGCCACAGUAUUAUUCCAAAGCCCGCGUUUUAUCCCUCAUUCACUAGGGUCCGUUGCGGAAUCUGCUUCGAUUACUCCAGAGAAGAUAUGGGGGGCCCUUCAUGGGGUGGUCAGCGUUCUAGUUGGCCUCUGGUGGCAGUUCACGCUCGGGCACGCCAGAGCGUUGAAGCAAACUUAA